GUCCCUCAUGCACAUGGAGAGCUACUCAUCGAAGCAAGAUACCGUACCGCUGGUGCGGGACGACAUAUACGAGGGAGGCGACGACCUGGAGUCCGCUGAGCGACGUCCAGAUGGCUACCAGCCCCUCGCAUCAGCUGCUGGUGUUGCACCUCGCUAUGCACGCGGUAUCGAUUUCCACGACUACCGGGCUAGGUUUUUCUUCCUUAUGGUCGUAAUCGUCGGCGUGUUUGUCACCCUGGGGUUACUGUCUCGCCCCACUCCCGGUGGCAAUGCGAUCAAUACUGGCUUUCCCUAUGGGUCUGAAAAAGUCCGCGGUGUGAACCUAGGAGGAUGGCUCGUACUUGAGCCGUGGAUCACGCCCAGUUUGUUCGAUGGUACCGGCAGCGCCGAUAUCGUCGAUGAAUGGAUGUUCUGCGAGCUGCAAGACCGCGAUACGGCAAUGAGCCUGUUGAGGAACCACUGGGAUACCUGGAUUACAGAGUCUGAUUUCGCUGCCAUCGCCGCGGCCGGAUUGAACCAUGUUCGCAUUCCAAUUGGCUUCUGGGCGUUCGAGACUGGCCCCGGCGAACCGUACUGCACAGGCCAGCUGCCUUACCUUCAGAAGGCAGUCACCUGGGCAGGCAACCACGGGCUGAAGGUUAUUGUCGAUCUGCACGGUGCUCCUGGCAGUCAGAAUGGCUUCGAUAACUCCGGCCAGAGGGUCUCGUUCCCUGGCUGGCACUCCAACUCGACCAACGUUGCUCGGACGAAUGCCGUCAUUAAGCGGAUCGCUUCGAUGUUUGCUGGUCAGGAGAACGUCGUACCUACGAUUGCUCCACUAAACGAACCGGCUGGUUUCUAUGGCCAAGACGUGCUCGAUGUCGUCCGCCAGUACUGGAAUGACUCUUAUAAUAGCAUCCGCUACCCCCAUGGCACUUCGCAAAAGAGCAAUACUGUCGUAUUGCUACAUGACGCCUUUCAACCUUUGAGCUACUGGGAGGGCUUCCAAACUCCUCCGAAAUGGCAGGGCGUUGCAAUGGACAAGCAUAUCUAUCAGAUGUUUUCGCAGGAUGAAGUUUCGCGUUCCUACGAGGACCACAUCUCGGCUGUCUGUGCUCACGCGUCAUCCUUGUCAUCCUUCGACCUCUGGGUGAUCGUCGGCGAAUGGACUCCUGCACAGACCGACUGUGCCAAGUACCUGAACGGGCGCGGGGUCGGUGCACGCUACGAUGGCUCAUACCCCAACUCAGUCUACGUCAGCAGCUGUGACGGUCUCACCGGCAAUGCCUCCUUGUUCGAUGCGAGCUACAAGACUUUCUUGCGGCAGUACUGGGAGGCACAAGCUCUCACCUUCGAGAAAGGCUCUGGCUGGAUUCAGUGGACGUGGAAGGCCGAGAGCGCAGACGACUGGUCCUACCAGGCCGGUCUCGCGAACGGCUGGAUCCCGCAGGACCCGACGCAACUCAUGUACCCCAACAUUUGUGGGUGAGCGGGCACUUAUUCGCCCGGGAUUUCAGCUUCGGUUCUGUAUAACGGAAUUUAACUUGGACAUCUGGUACGUUACACAUGGUACACAAGGCUCCCAAGCCAGCUGUGAGUGACAGCUCGACGCGAUGCCCUUGUUAUCUACCCUUCCGACCUCCAACACGGGAACGAAGUCCGGCGCGACCCUGCUUGCCAGCGGCUGACAAGGAUUCGGCACGUUUGUGCUUUCCUUGACAGGUGUUUCCAGAGAUUGAUCGACAGGGGGCUGCUGACCAUCCGGUGCUUCUGUAGGUCUCUACUACAAUAUAAAUUACCAUGCGGCCUGCAGAUUCGAAGCUUGUGCUGUGCAUACUCGCUAUGUAUAAUAAAUACAUUACGAUCCG